CCUCAUCCUCAGCUGGGGGAUACAACGGAACUUCUGACGCUACCGACUCAGCACGGAUUUAGCCCCCCCAAAACCCACCUCCUCUGCAAUCACAACCUCGGAAUCCGUUGGAUAUCGGUGCUAUUGAAGAGUAAGUGUCUUCAGAAAGAAAAAACGGACCCGUUAGAUGCAAAAGGAGGCGUCUGCGCAGAUCGACGGCCGUUAGCGGGCUCAGCUAUUCGCAUCGCGCGACACAUCUCGCCCGCAAAACGUCGGGCUGAAUAAACGAGUAUUUUUGUUUAUUCACAUCCACAUCCUUAAAACUGAGCGACACAGCAGAAUCUCAGAGGGUUCGGCGGAGCUGUCCGGCUCUUGCUCGCACUGCAGGCCUGGGUGUGGGUGCAGAUAAUGCUAAAGGAUGAGUCAGAGGGACACCCUGGUUCAUCUCUUUGCUGGAGGCUGUGGGGGCACUGUGGGUGCUAUACUGACAUGUCCAUUGGAGGUGGUGAAGACAAGGCUGCAGUCUUCGUCGGUGACACUGUACAUUUCUGAAGUACAGCUCAGUACUGUGAAUGGGGCCAGUGUAGCCCGUAUGUCCCCACCGGGGCCUCUGCACUGUCUUAAGUUAAUACUGGAGAAAGAAGGUCCUCGCUCACUCUUUAGGGGGCUGGGACCCAACUUGGUUGGAGUGGCUCCUUCCAGAGCAAUAUAUUUUGCUGCCUACUCCACAGCCAAAGAGAAGUUGAACAAUGUGUUUGAUCCUGACUCGACACAGGUGCACAUGCUGUCCGCUGGUUUAGCAGGGUUCACUGCCAUCACAGCGACCAACCCGAUCUGGCUUAUAAAGACUCGCUUGCAGCUUGAUGCCAGGAACCGUGGCGAAAGGCGCUUGAGUGCAUUUGAGUGUGUCCGGCGGGUCUAUCGGUCAGAUGGGUUACGAGGAUUCUACAGGGGCAUGUCUGCUUCCUAUGCUGGCAUUUCAGAGACUGUCAUCCAUUUUGUCAUCUAUGAAAGCAUUAAACGCAAACUCAUGGAGUCCAAGGCCAAUGCUAAUAUGGAUGACGAAGAUGAAUCCGUAAAAGAUGCUUCAGACUUUGUCGGAAUGAUGUUGGCUGCUGCCACAUCCAAAACGUGUGCUACAACAAUCGCUUACCCUCAUGAGGUUAUUCGUACAAGACUUCGUGAGGAGGGCAGCAAGUACCGAUCGUUCUUCCAAACUUUAAACAUGGUGUUCCGAGAGGAGGGUUACAGAGCUCUGUACCGAGGCCUCACCACUCACCUGGUCCGACAGAUCCCCAACACUGCUAUCAUGAUGUGCACCUAUGAGCUGGUGGUCUACCUGCUCAGUGGUUAACUGCUAGAAAGAGAGUGAGUGAGAGAGACAGAGAGAGGAGAGAGAGAGAGAGUGAGAGAGACAGAGAGAGUGAGAGUGAGAGAGACUGAGAGAGAGACAGAUACAGAGAGAGAGUUAGACAAACAGGGUAAGAAAUUGAAAGCUAGAUAGACAGAAGAGAGAUUGUCCCAGGCCUAGACCAAAUGAAGUAGAACAAAUCUAGAAAGGCAUUGUUAACCUAGACCUCCAGAGGGUGCUGAAGUGACCUAGACCUAGAGAAAGUAAAGUGGAGGGAUUAAAGCCUGUCAGACCGGAGAGCGUUUCAAAAAGCAAGACUGAUGGUGAACAGACAUGCAAAAGCAUCCUGUCCAUUUGUUUCUCUUGAAAUGUUUUAUGAGAAGUCCAUUUUGAAAGGACAAUCAAAUAGGGGAAUGCUUGGAAAAAACGAAAUAAAUAUGGAAGCAGCAGAAUUCCUUUACAGUCAGUCAAGAAUAUAUUGGAUUUACAUUCUCUGGUAUCAUUUCAUUUAAUUCAUCCUUUCACAGCCAACAUUUUCAACAUUUCAAAAAAUAUUUUCUAAUGUAAGCCAGGCAUUUAUAAAACUCUGAUUUCGCCCUCUUUAAAAAGAAAAAGGGUAAUUGAAGUAUCGACGAUUGUGCAGAAGUAUUUCGAAUGCGCAGUGGAACGUAGCACUACUGUAAAGGAUGUUUCUGAAUUAUUACAUUUUCUUUCCAUUUCAGUACCUCACCAAGUUUCAUAAAAAAUUUUGUCUUUCCGGAAGUUCAAGCAUUCCCCUCUAGAGGUCACUUUCCACUCUUUUCUAGCCAUGCAGAUGGUUUUCCACGCACAAAUGUCCAUUUGCUGUUGUUAAUUCACGGUCACAUCUGUGGCCCUUCAUGUGCUUCAAACUGAAGUGGUUGUUAGGUUUAUAUUAAGUUUAACCAUAUUUUAAUAGAUUAACCACAUUGUGUAUUUUUUUUAUUUGUAUUAUCAUAAUGUUGUCCUAAUAUUAGUAUAUAGUAUAUUCUGGGUGGUCUUUUUAAUUGGGAGAUAUUGUCCUGCUUGCAUCACUGCACCUUUUUACUAGAAAGGAGCGUGCUCAAUUUAUCGCAACACUUCUCUUCUGCAAAAGCCUCUACUUAAAUUAUGGGUGAUCUUUCUUGAAAGUGGCUAAUCACCUACAAACAACAUACCACAUUGUGACAAUGUGUAGUGAGGCAAUAGAGUCAUUUAGAGUCUGUUGACUCUUCCACUUACCAUGCAUAAAUAAUGUCCCACCCUCUGGAUUCCCCCUAACAGUGGCUUUUGACUCACUAUAUAUGCACUUUGUUGCCUGUCUAGGCUUGCGCAAAACUUUUUUUCUUUAUUUUUUCUGUUUGGGAUAAAUGUAAACGUGCAUUGUAUAACAUGGUAUUACUAUGUAAGCAAGACAGUGUUUUACUGAACAGUUCCUUUGGAAGCUGUUGUACAGUUCAGUGUACUAAAAUUUUAGUGAAGGAUAUUCUUGUAUGUGUAUAUACUGUAUGUAUGCAUAUCAAAUAUCCAGUGUUUAUAACUUAAGUUCUCUGAUUAUGCAGUAGUUUGCAGUUACAAAAGUGUUAUGAAUUGCUGCAUUAGCUUGAUCAAUAUAUCGAAGGAUGUGGAAUAAUUUUUUUUUUUUUUUUUCUUAAAGUUUAUGUAAUUUUGUUUUUAUCACUCAUUCUGGCCCCAGUCCUUAUGUCUUGCUUGAAAUGGAGUCACAACCCCUCCACUCCCCAAAUGUAUGUUUGUUUGUUUGUUUGUUUGUUUAACUUACUGUUGAAGUAAUGGAGCACAAAUUGUCCACAACAAGAUGACCCACAUAAUCUUUCGCGGAAGUAACCAAUCUGUGGGCUUCGAAUUAUAAUUUAAUUAUAUUAAGCCUCAUGUUGGUAGAUCCCCUACAUAGACUCCAUGGUACUGUACACAUCUUUUAAGUAGUAAUAGUGAUGGUAGCUUUCAUCAUCAAUAUACAGAAGUGACUAGUGUAUUCAGAUACUAGUUUCAUAGAUUUCAAUGUGUGCUCUAUAUUCACCUAACUGUCCAUUUUGUCAUAUGUGUAAUGCCCUCUUCUCCGCUGCUAUUGAAGCUCUGGAAAACUGUAAUGAUAUUCACCACACAUUGGCUUUCAUUACAGAUUAUACACACAACAUCUCAAGAUAAUAUGCAAGUAGUGCUGGGCUAUUUUUUAAAGCUAACAACAUGAUUGUUCUUAUUGGUGAUUUGCUGAAUUUUGCUCAGUUUGACAAAAUAGAAGCAGAUUUGUUUUGGAAAACACAAAUUUUUCAGUGUAAUUGCUACAUAUAUACUGUACUUAGUAAAAUAUUGUAAAAGAGACGAUACACGUUAAAUGGAUUAGUAAUAUAGCUGAUACAUAUUUGUGUUAUGUUUAAAGGGGUAGUGCGUAUGUGUUAGAAACAAACAUGCAUGAUGCUUUAAGUCAUUCAACAAAUGCACUUUACAGUUUCACAGCGGAGAGACUUUAAUGACAUUCUAAAUUGUAAGGUACUCUAAAUUGUAUUUUCAAAAAGCUGUGAUGGAAUUUUCAGUUGUCAAUAUCAGCCAUGAGAGACUGAAUGGACAUAACACUUGAAAAUGUGAAUUGAACAUUCUCUCAAAUGAGCCUCAUAAUUUGACAGAGAUAUUAAAGAUUAUUCAUCUUCAUUUCACAGUUGAUGACAUGCAGUAUUUUUUAUGUGUGGUGUCUGUGUUGCACAGUCUAAUAUGACCAACACUAACGAAUUGCGUGUCAGCACCCUUUGGUUGAUUUCAGUUGUCUUUCUUUUGGCUUUUUUUUUAAUCCGUUUUUUUAUGGUAAAUGUGGCCUAUUCUUUGCAGGAUAUGUGAAAUCAUACCUCUUUUUGUACAAACUGUCAAUAAAAAACAAUGCAAA